AUGUGCAGAAACGAAGAUGAGCCUAAGAUUCCAUCAUCAUAUAUGACAGACACACGAAUUGCUUCUGAGAUAAACCUCAGGAGAGUUUUAGCAACAGGCCAGUUACAAGCAGACCCAUCUCAGAUCUCCUGUGAUUUCGAACAAGAUCUUUGCAGUUGGGUAAGCCAUGGAAGCAGCAGUGUCUGGGAUACAAUGAAAAGUUCUGUAUUUACCAACACACCACCACCAUUUGGGACACGAGUUGCAGCACUUAUUGCAAGGGAUAAUACAUCAGCCUACCUAAUAAAAGAGAAUAUUGACAAAGAAAGUACCACAGGUAAGGUACGGCUGUGGGUUUGGCUGUCCAAAGCAGAGUUUGAAGUAGCAAUGCGAGACGUUUACAAAAUACCAAUUUGGACGAUUGAUUCUGCUAAUGUGAAAGAGAUUGAGAAAACAUGGCAUAAAAUCGAGUUUUCUUUAGCCGACGAAGUCAAAAAACUACAAUCGGGAAAAAAAUAUUUCGAGUUAUGGCUUCACGGCACUGUUUCAAGAGAUCCCGAAUCGGUGGUCGCAGUAUCAAAGAUAGAAUACUUGGUAACUUCUGCUACAACGUUAAAUACGAAAGAAUUGACGAGCUCAACUACAGUUAACAAAUCUACAUUCGAUGAUAUCCUGUCUGACGCAAGUUCCCAGGAAACUUCAUAUAGUGAUUUUUAUGCUAAAACCACAACAAAGAACCCCACGGCUAUGAACUUACACACUACACACAAAAAGCAUAAAACCACAAAGAAUAUUAACUUAAAGAAUAUUAACACUACAAACAGUGGUAAUGGAAAAACGUCUCCAACCAAAUCUACAGUCGAUAGUGAUUUUGGAAAAACUACGCCACACAGGCAUACAGAUGCUAACAAGGGUGAAAAAACUACGCCAAACAAUCCUACUGACGAUCAUAGAGAUGUAAAAACUAUUCAAAGCAAACCUACUGAUGAUAGUGGGAAUAUUAAAACCAUUCCAGGAAAAUCUACGGACAACAGUGAAUACGGUAAAAUCACACUAGGCAAAACUACAGACAAUAAUAGAGGCUGGCAAACUACACCAAACAAAUAUACAGAUGACAAAGAAAACAGAAACACUACACCAAACAAUAGUACUGACGAUAAUCGUGAUGGAAAAAUUUCUUCAAAGAAAACUAGCGAAGAUGUUAAAUACGGAAAAACAACCCCAUACGAACCUACUGAUGAUAAUGUAAAUGACAGAACAACGAUAAACAAAACCACUGAGGAGAAUAGAAAUGAAAACUCUACGACAAGUACACCAAUUGAUGAGUUUAAAUAUGGUACAACCACGCCAAAUAAACAUACUGAUGAUACUAGGGAUCUAAAAACUAUUCCUACAGAUGAUGAUACAUAUGGUAAAACCACGCCAUACAAACCUACUGAUGAUAAUGAAAAUGACAUAAAAACAUCAAACAAACCUACUGACAAUGCUAGAUAUGGAACAACGACACCAGACAAAUAUACUGAUGAUAAUGGAAAUGAAAAAUUUACGCUAAAUACUCAUACAUAUGAUGAACGAUACAAUAAAACCACGCAAAACAAACAUACCAAAGAUAAUGAAAAUGGCAAAAGCACAUCAAACAAACCAACUGAUGAUGCUAUAUAUAGAAAAACUACGCCAGAUACUGAAGAUAAUGGAAAUGAUAAAUCUACGUCAAAUACUCGUACAGAUGAUGAUAGAUAUGGUAAAACCACACCAGACAAACAUACUAAUGAUAACAGAAUUAGCAAAACCACGUCACACAUACCUACUGACAAUAAUCGAGAUGAGAAAACUUUUUCCAACAAACCUACUGACGAUACUCGAUAUAGAAAAUCUACAUCCGACAAAUAUAAUGAAGAUAAUGGAAACUAUACACCAAAUACUCCUACAUAUGAUGAUAGAUAUGGUAAAACCACGCCAGACAAACAUACUGAUGAUAAUGGAAAUGACAUAAGAACAUCAAACAAACCUACUGACGAUGCUAGAUAUGGAAAAACUACGCCAGAUAAAUAUACUGAAGAUAAUGUAAAAUCUACGACAAAUACUCCUAAAGAUGAUGAUAGAUAUGGUAAAACCUCACCAGACAAACAUACUAAUGAUAACGGAAUUAGCAAAAGAGUGCCAUCUGUAAAAGAAGUAUCUUGUACAUUUGAAAGUGGGUUUUGUGCAUGGCAACCAGAUUAUGGGAAAUACUUCAAAAUAGUCCGUGAAUACCGUGAUAUUGAGUUUCCAGAAAGAACGCCAUCUGUAGAAGAAUUAUCUUGUACAUUUGAGAAAGGGUUUUGUGCAUGGCAGACAGAGGAAGGAAAACGUCCGAAAAUAGUUGAUCAAGACUCUGAUAUUGAAUUUCCUGAAAAUCUUACACACAUAGUCGUUAACUUGGAAUCUUCCCUCCGAUUAACGAGCUCAGAAGUGCAGUCAGAUAGUCCGAAUGUUGAAAUGAUCCUACUGAUAUGGACGUCAGAUUUAACUAAUAGAUUGGAAAUACGAUUGAAUAAAGUUCCAGUGAUUCCGAGUUACAAAAAUAACGAGGUUGACAAAUGGGAGGAAGUUAAAGUCGUUUUUAAAGUAACACCAAAUGAACCGUUUACAGUGGAUAUUAUAGGACUGGCAGAAAUUGGGAAAUUAGCAGUUGCUAACAUCCAAGUCCGUAUACAGUACACGUCAACAACACAAAUUGUCACAACUCAACAUACGCAGUUUACAGAGGAUCAGUCAUCUGGAAUAUCAACAGGAUUUUUCGAUCAUUCUAACAUUUCCACACUGAACAAUGAAACGACUAAUAUAGCAGAAUCGGGAGACACACGAACUGACUAUAUGACAACUGUAAACCUCUCCUCGGGCGAAACGUUUUCUACUAUCCAAUUGUAUACAACACAGGUAAUAACAUCAACACCACAAGAUGUAAGUAAAAUAAUUUCAAUAAGCACAGUAGAAGAAACACCAUAUGCUUCAGCUUCAACAAAACAUUUUGAUCUAACUUCACAUAUAGAUAACUUCACCACAGGAACGAAUAAAUACAAAUUAAAAUCCACAGCAGAAAAUAUCAAUGAACAAUAUUCUGUAGAUACAGUGACACAAGAUUACAUUUCUUCAACAAUAACCAGCACAAUACCAAGUGUAAAAAGCUCUGAAACGACCUCUACCACUCAGAAAUUAGUAUCAAAAAUGGAAAAUGUGAGCGAAACAUCCCUUGAAAGUACAAAGGACGAAACAUCAAAAACAACUUUCUCUUCCCCAAACUCCAGCACAGAGCCGAGUAUAAAUACCUCCACAAUACAAUCUUCUACAUCAAAAUACAGCAUAGAACCUAGUAUACCCAGCUCCAGUGAACAAAUAAUCACUCCGACCCUGUUAACAACAACAACGCUUACAACUGAAACAAAUUCUGUACUUAAAUCUGGAGGAACGUCUGUCUUCACUCAAGUGCUAAAUACACAUAGUUCUAGUAAAGUAUCUACCACUGGGACAGCAUCGUCAACAAAGGAAAAUAUAAAUGAAAUCUCCUCUUUAAAUACAACGAGAAAAAUAUUAAAAACGUCUACUUCACCCGAAACGUUCAGUACUACGCAGGCGACAGAAAGUAGCUCAACACCAUCUACUGCCCAAUCACUAAGAACAACAGAACAUGCUAGUGAAACAUCGUCUGUUCAUCUAACUAAAGGAACAACAAAAGUCUCGAAUUUUUCGCCAACGUUCAGCACAACCGAAAGUAUGUAUACCUUCACUAGAAAACCCACAACACAGAAAGUAAUUUCAACAGAGAAAGAUACGAUUGGAUCAUCAUCUGAAAGUACAAUAAACAAAAUAUUAGGAACUUCCUUUUAUGCUGAAACAUUAAACACAGAAUCUAGCAUACACAUAUCAAAUGAAAAAAUAAUAACACCGACAGUGAUAACAUCAACGACUGACACAGGUGAACCCAGAUCUGUACUUACAUCCGAAGGAUCUCCUAGAUCUGUCUUCACUGAAGUGCCAAAUACACAUAGUUCUAGUACAGUAUCUACCCCUUGGACAACAUCGUCAACAAAGGAAGAUAUAAGUGAAAUCUCCUCUUUACAUACAACUCAAAAAAUAUCAAGAACGUCUACUUCACCAGAAACGUUCAGUACAGCGCAGGCUACAGAAAGUAGCUCAACACCAUCUACUGCCCAAUCAUUAAGAACAACAGAACAUGCUAGUGAAACAUCGUCUGUUCAUCUAACUGAAGGAACAAUAAAAGGCUCCAGUUUUUCGCCAACGUUCAGCACAACCGAAAGUAUGUAUACCUCCAGUAGAAAACCCACAACACAGAAAGUAAUUUCAACAGAGAAAGAUACGAUUGGAGCAUCAUCUGAAAGUACAAUAAACAAAAUAUUAGGAACUUCCUUUAAUACCGAAACAUUAAACACAGAACCUAGCAUACACAUAUCAAGUGAAAAAAUAAUAACACCGACAGUGAUAACAUCAACGACUGACACAGGUGAACGAAGAUCUGUACUUACAUCCGAAGGAACUCCUACAUCUGUCUUCACUGAAGUGCCAAAUACACAUAGUUCUACAUGUUCUGUUGUUCUUAGUGAUUGGGCAGUAGAUGGUGUUGAGCUACUUUCUGUAGCCUGCGUUGUUUUGAACGUUUCUGGUGAAGUAGACGUUUUUGAUAUUUUUUGCACUGAGGAGAUUUCACUUAUAUCUUCCUUUGUUGAAGAUGCUGUCCCAGGGGUAGAUACUGUACUAGAACUAUGUGUAUUUGGCACUUCAGUGAAGACAGAUGUAGGAGUUCCUUCGGAUAGGAUGAUCCAAUCGUAUCUUUCUCUGUUGAAAUUACUUUCUGUGUCAUGGGGUAUCUACUGGAGAGGAGAUUUCACUUCCAGUAGAAAACCCACAACACAGAAAGUAAUUUCAACAGAGAAAGAUACGAUUGGAUCAUCAUCUGAAAGUACAAUAAACAAAAUAUUAGGAACUUCCUUUUAUGCCGAAACAUUAAACACAGAAUCUAGCAUACACAUAUCAAAUGAAAAAAUAAUAACACCGACAGUGAUAACAUCAACGACUGACACAGGUGAACGAAGAUCUGUACUUACAUCCGAAGGAUCUCCUAGAUCUGUCUUCACUGAAGUGCCAAAUACACAUAGUUCUAGUACAGUAUCUACCCCUUGGACAACAUCGUCAACAAAGGAAGAUGUAAGUGAAAUCUCCUCAACGCAAAAAAUAUCAAAAACGUCUACUUCACCAGAAACGUACAGUACAACGCAGGCUACAAAAAGGAGCUCAACACCAUCUACUGCUCAAUCACUAAGAACAAAAGAACAUGCUAGUGAAACAUCGUCUGUUCAUCUAACUGAAGGAACAACAAAAGUAUCCAAUUUUUCGCCAACGUUCCGCACAACCGAAAGUAUGUAUACCUCCAGUAGAAAACCCACAACACAGAAAGUAAUUUCAACAAGGGAAGAUACAAUUGGAACAUCAUCUGACAGAACAAUAAACAAAAUAUUAGGAACUUCCAUUUAUACUCAAACAUUAAGCACAGAACCUAGCAUACACACAUCAAGUGAAAAAAUAAUAACACCGACAGUGAUAACAUCAACGACUGACACAGGUGAACCAAGAUCAAGACAUACAUCCGAAGGAACUUCUACAUCUGUCUACACUAAAUUGCCAAAUACACAUAGUUUUAGUACAGUAUCUACCAAUGGGGCAGCAUCGUCAACAAAGAGAGAUAUGAGUGAAAUCUCCUUUUUACAUACAACGCAAAAAAUAUCAGAAACGUCUAUUUCACCAGAAAUGUUCAGCACAACGCAGGGUACAGAAAGUAGCUCAACUCCAUCUACUGCCCAAUCACUAAGAACAACAGAGCAAGUUAGUGAAACAUCGUCUGUUCAUCUAACUACAGGAACAACAAAAGUCUCCAAUUUUUCGCCAACGUUCCGCACAACCGAAAGUAUGUAUACCUCCAGUAGAUACCCCACGACACAGAAAGUAAUUUCAACAAGGGAAGAUACGAUUGGAACCUCAUCUGAAAGUACAAUAAACAAAAUAUUAGGAACUUCCACUUAUACCCAAACAUUAAGCACAGAACCUAGCAUACACACAUCAAGUGAAAAAAUAAUAACACCGACAGUGAUAACAUCAACGACUGACACAGGUGAACCAAGAUCUGUACUUACAUCCGAAGGAACUCCUACAUCUGUCUUCACUGAAGUGCCAAAUACACAUAGUUCUAGUACAGUAUCUACCCCUGGGACAGCAUUGUCAACAAAAGAAGAUAUAAAUGAAAUCUUCUCAACGCAAAAAAUAUCAAAAACGUCUACUUCACCAGAAACGUUCAAAACAACGCAGGCUACAGAAAGUAGCUCAACACCAUCUAUUGCCCAAUCACUAAGAACAACAGAACAUGCUAGUGAAACAUCGUCUGUUCAUCUAACUAAAGGAACAACAAAAGUCUCGAAUUUUUCGCCAACGUUCAGCACAACCGAAAGUAUGUAUACCUCCAGUGGAUACCCCACGACACAGAAAGUAAUUUCAACAAGGGAAGAUACGAUUGGAACAUCAUCUGAAAGAACAAUAAACAAAAUAUUAGGAACUUCCAUUUAUACCCAAACAUUAAGCACAGAACCUAGCAUACACACAUCAAGUGAAAAAUCUAUAACACCGACAGUGAUAACAUCAACGACUGACACAGGUGAACCAAGAUAUUUAUUUACAUCCGAAGGAACUGCUAGAUCUAUUUUCACUGAAGUGCCAAAUACACAUAGUUCUAGUACAGUAUCUACCCCUUGGACAGCAUCUUCAACAAAGGAAGAUACAG